AACAUAAAGCGAGAACUCUACCGUAAAUUACGGAACCAAGUCAACCAGUGAACAAACACACUUUCCUUCACCCCAACAACGCCACCGCCCACGAAAGGGUGAAGAAAAGGAAAGAAAGAUGGACUUCGCAGCGUUGAUGUCCAAAGAGAUCGCGAAAGCAAAGCCCACAACAGACACCACCUCAAAAGACAGCAACAACAGCAACAAGAAAUACAUCCGUCGCGCCGAGGCCGAAGCCCAGCGCGAAGCAGCCUACCGAGCCGAGCAAAAGGCUCUCGAAGAGAAGCGCGCCGCCAAAGCCGCCGAGAAGCGGAAGCGCGAAGAGGAGGCCGCAGAAGAGGCGCAAGAGCGCGAAGAGCGUCGGCGCAAGCUCGCCGAGGAGACGCGCAGGCGGCGCGAGGAGGCCGCGGCGGAAGAAGAACGGGCAAGGCGGAAACGGCUCGGUCUCCCCGAGCUCAAGAAGGGAGAAGAAGAAGAAGACGACGACGCCAACGCCAGCGACGCAGGUGGUAAUGACGAGGAUAUCCCCGAGGACGCGCUCACGGAGAAGUUGCGGGAGCUAGGCGAGCCGGCGAGGUUAUUCGGGGAGACGCACCGCGCGCGCCUGAAGCGGUACAGGCGUCUGACGACGGUGGUGACGGCGGGGCCGAUCCCGACGACAUUGCAGCUGGUCGACGAGGAGGACAUGAAAGUCUCCGCGGACGCGAUACCGCAGGACAAGGGCAGGCGGAAGUAUCUAUUCCGCCAGCUGGCGUCGUACUUCACCAUGGUGCUGCGGGAGUGGGAGGCCGCGCUGGCGCGGGAGCAGCGGCGCUCCGCGGAGGAAGAAGACACGUCGUUCGCGAGCAAGAACGCCGUCAACGCCAUGGUGUCUAGCCGCGCCAACAUGGUGCCGCUGUUCCGCAAGUUCGAGAGCGGCGACCUCGACGACGCCAUCUUGAAGCCCGUCGUCGAGAUCGUCCAGGCCGCGCAGGAGCGGCGUUACGUCGAUGCCAACGACGGCUACCUCCGCCUGAGUAUCGGCAAGGCCGCCUGGCCCAUCGGUGUCACCAUGGUGGGUAUCCACGAGCGGAGCGCGCGCGAGAAGCUUCACGAUGGCGAGCGGGGUCAUGUCAUGGGCGACGAAGUCACAAGGAAGUACUUACAAAGCAUCAAAAGAUGCCUGACUUUUGCUCAAGUACGCUGGCCUCCAGAAGAUAUUAGACAACUGAUGGGAUAGACAGAUGAUGUGUUAUAGACGGUUUAUAAUCAGUCCUCUACCUCUAUGCUAGCCACACGUAACUGAUUUUCUUCUUCUCUUCCCAAACGCCGAGCUAUGGAUGCCUUAAUCCCCUCGUCAUACCUAUCUCGAUGGGUGUUACAUCUGGCGCCACUAGUACGCCGUGCCAACUUCUGUAAUAAGCAUUCAAUCGCAUGGCUUAGCGAUUAUUGCCUAACCUCUACUUAUAGCCCAUCUUCGGAGAGUCAAUCCUUGACUCUAGCCAUAGGAAGAUAUGCGUCACCGUUCAUACUCUUCGUAACGCUGCGUGGUUCA